GCGAGACCCUUGGAUCUUUUUUUCGGCCGUCGUCGCCUGACUGAGCACGGUUUGUUCUAGACCAUAUUCAACCUCGUUGACCGUUACGACCCUCAAGACAUCUCACAGCACGCCCGUAUCAGGAUGCCUGUUCUUUAACCAUAGCACUACCUCUGUCCGUAGUGCUCGUCCACCCAGCACAGUCUCUCUCGCCUUGUCUGUCCCUUCACACAGUCUCACUCUUGUCCUGGUCGCUGUGAUCAGUGGAGCCAAGUCUUUCUUAUUGCUUCAGCAGAUACCAUGGUUGAAUCGCCACUAGACCUUCCUCAGGUCUGGCAGAAGCCUGCCUUUCCUGUCCUGCUAGCGGCACUGCAAGGACUUCGAGUCGAUCCACCAGUAUGGAACCUCAAAGCCUCCCGCACUGAAAUGCUCAAGCAUAAGCAUCAGGAAACCGUGGCCCAGGACCCACGGGAGAUCGCUGCAUAUCUAUCCACAAUCAUCAAGAGCCCACUCAGCUGGCUGGUGGACGAGGACGACCGGGAGGCAAUAUGGGACGAGGCGAGCAGGCGGUUCUCGGAGCGAUGUGGACGGAGCGCCAUGGGGGAGAUUACUCGACGGUGGCCCUUCGAGAGCGAGGCGUACGGCCCGUUCGACCUGAUCCUGCGCGAGCCAGCGUUGACGGGUGACAACCUCGGCCUCAAGACCUGGGGCUCAUCAUAUGUCCUCGCCCAGAUGCUGCACACCAUCGGCGAGACCUCGCUGGCACAUCUCUUCGGGGAAACAGCCGGGCGGCCGAGACCGCCAGUGCUCGAGCUGGGGUCGGGGACCGGUCUCCUUGGUCUGGCGGCAGCCGCCGUCUGGCGGACCCACGUCAUCCUCACUGACCUCCCCGAGAUCGUGCCUAACCUCGCCCACAAUGUCGCCAAGAACCUGGCCAUGGUGCAGGGACGAGGCGGCAGCCUUGCAUCCGGGGCUCUGACGUGGGGCGGGGGCGAAGACGAGAUUGACCCUGCCCUACUCUCCGCGAAGAACAGUUUCGAUGCCGUGAUCGUCGCCGACCCGCUGUAUGAUGACAACCACCCCGGACUCCUCGCUGGUGCCAUCGAUGACCAGCUCAGCCUGAACCGCAGUGCCAGAGUCAUGAUCAUGGUCCCGCAACGGGACGCUGUCACAGCCAGGCUUCUUGCCGCACUCCGAGACGAGAUGACAUUGAAGUCUACGCCACUCGUCUGCCUUGAGGAGACCAUCGUAGCGGGGCGGGACGACUGGGGUGCUAGUGAAGACGAAGAAGCCGGCCAGGUCAAGUGUUGGCUGGGCAUCUUCGCACGGCAGAUGGUUGCUAACUAGACCUCAAGUGCUUCAAUGUUACUCUUAUCAUUCUUCAUGAAA